UCUCGAAGGGCAUUCCCAUCUCCUUCGAGCCUCUCCUCUCCUCUCUCCCUUCCCUCCUGCAUCGCUUCCUGAACCCCAAUGGCUUGCGCCGCCCGACGCGUCGGGCUCCUCCUCCCCCUCUUCGCCGCCUUCGUCGCGGCCUCCGCACGCAACAGUUUGAUUGCGAACAAAGGAGUGACUUAUGACUCUCGCUCGCUCAUCGUUAAUGGAAAGAGGGAGCUUUUGUUCUCCGGUUCUAUUCAUUAUCCUCGAAGCACGCCGGAUAUGUGGCCUCGUCUUAUUGCCAGUGCGAAGAAGGGCGGGAUCAAUCUGAUUCAGACUUAUGUUUUUUGGAAUGGUCAUGAACCUAUUCAGGGACAGUAUAAUUUUGAGGGGAGGUAUGACUUGGUGAAAUUCAUCAAGUUGAUUCAGAAGGAGAAUUUGUAUGUCACACUUAGAAUUGGACCUUUCAUUCAGGCAGAAUGGAAUCAUGGUGGAUUUCCAUAUUGGUUGAGGGAGGUAAAGAACAUAACCUUCCGAACCAACAACCCUGCCUUCAAGCAUCAUAUGGAGAGGUUUGUGAAAAAAAUUGUAAAUAUGAUGAAGGAAGAGAAGCUCUUUGCUUCCCAGGGAGGUCCUAUCAUACUUGCUCAGAUUGAAAAUGAAUACAACAUGGUUCAAGCGGCAUUUAAGGAAGAUGGCAAGAAGUAUAUACAGUGGACAUCUGACCUCGCCUUGAGCCUUGGUAUUGGAGUUCCAUGGAUGAUGUGCAAGCAACAAGAUGCUCCAGGACCCAUAAUCAAUGCCUGCAAUGGAAGAAACUGUGGUGAUACCUGGAAGGGACCUAACCAUCCAACUAAGCCUCUUCUGUGGGCUGAGAACUGGAGUGCUCAGUACCGAGUUUUUGGCGACCCGCCGUCCCAAAGGUCAGCAGAAGAUCUUGCAUUUUCCGUUGCUCGCUUCUUCUCUAAGAAUGGAACUCUUGCAAACUAUUACAUGUACCAUGGAGGAACAAACUUUGGAAGGACUGGUUCUGCUUUUGUCACGGCACGAUAUUAUGAUGAAGCACCUCUCGAUGAAUAUGGUUUGCAGAAAGAGCCUAAAUGGGGGCACCUGAAAGACCUUCACCGAGCUCUGAAACUUAGCAGGAAACCUCUUCUUUGGGGUUCUUACAGUUUCAGAAAACUGGGUAAAAAUGUUGAGGCUAGAGUGUACGACCUUCCUAGCGACAAAGUGUGUGCAGCCUUCCUCACUAACAAGAAGGCUGACCGAGAUGUCACCGUGAGCUUCCGCGGCACCAAAUACUUCUUGCCUCGCCAUUCUAUUAGCAUUCUUCCAGAUUGCAAGACUGUGGUCUUCAAUACUCAGAGGAUUAAUGCCCAACACAAUUCAAGGACCUUCAUUCCAUUCAUGGAGAGGAAGAAGAACAAAAGAUGGGAGAUGUACCAAGAUCAUAUCCCCAGGUAUCAUGAGGAUGGAAUUGUUCGUAGCCCGGAGCCAUUGGAGCUAAUGAGCACGACCAAGGAUACCACAGAUUACCUUUGGUAUACAACCAGAUUCAAUGUGCAGCAAGAAGACUUGCCUUGGAGGAAAGAUAUUCGUCCUGUGCUGCAAAUUGCAAGUCUUGGCCAUGGAGUUCAUGCAUUUGUGAAUGGAAAAUACCUUGGGCAUGCGCAUGGCAGCAAGAUUGAGAAGAGCUUUGUCUUCCAAAAAUCAAUGAAGCUGAAGUCUGGAACCAACCACAUUACCAUCUUGGCCAUGACUGUUGGCUUCCCGGAUAGUGGUCCUUACCUGGAACGCAGGGUUGCCGGAAUUCACUCGGUCAUCGUCCAAGGCCUUAACACAGGCACCCUGGAUCUCACAGCCAAUGGCUGGGGCCAUCAGGUCGGCUUAGUAGGAGAGAAGCUUCGGAUCUACACAAAUGAUGGAGUCUCCAGAGUUCAAUGGACCAAACCUGAGAGCAACAUACCGAUUACCUGGUACAAGAGAUACUUCGAUGCACCCCCGGGUAAUGAUCCGGUUAUUGUUGACAUGAGCACCAUGGCCAAAGGUUUCGUCUGGGUUAACGGCGAAGGCAUUGGUCGAUACUGGGUUUCAUAUCUCUCCCCACUCGGCACCCCAACUCAGACUGUUUAUCAUAUCCCUCGCUCCUUCUUGAAGCAAACGAAGAACCUUCUUGUUGUCUUGGAGGAAUCUGGAGGCAACCCUGAUGGAAUUCAAAUUUUGACCGUUAGGAGAGAUGAUAUAUGUACUUAUGUGUCUGAGUACCACCCUGGAGUUAUCAAACAUUGGUCGAGGAAGGAUGGUCAGCUCAGGUCGGUUGCCGAGGAUGUUAAGCCGGAAUCUCACCUUGAGUGUCCGGACAAUAAGGUCAUCAAAUCAGUCAUCUUCGCUAGUUUUGGCAAUCCUAGCGGCGUUUGUGGAAACUACACCAUUGGAAGCUGCCAUGCUCCGCAGACGCGACAUGUUGUUGAGAAGGCCUGCUUGGGGAACGCUUCCUGUGUGCUUCCAGUGGAAGGCGAAGCUUAUGGCGCAGAUGCAAAUUGCUCAGAAACCACAGCUACUCUUGCAGUUCAGGUCUUUUGUGGUCAGAAGUAGAGCUAAAUAUGAAAUUUUGAUUUCACAUUUGUAGUAAAAUUUGAUUGAUUUUUUUUUUUAUUUUUUCAAUGGGAAUUGUAAUAAUUAUGAUGAUAAUUGGAACUGCUGGUCGAGUACUAACUGUAAUCUUUGAGAAAAUCUGACAAAAGCUGAACUUUUCUCUGAAGCAUACAUGGAUG